CACAAAUUCAUAUCAAAGCUAAGCAUUUCACUUACAAAUAUGAAUUGCUUAGCCACUCUUCCACUGCUCCUCCUCCUCAGCCUCUUCACAUCUAGCUCCGCCGCCAACUUUGAAGUUCAUAACAACUGCCCCUACACCGUAUGGGCCGCCGCAACCCCAGUUGGCGGCGGCCAACGCCUUGACCAAGGCCAAAGCUGGAACAUCAAUGUGCCACCCGGCACCGCCAUGGCACGUAUAUGGGGCCGCACAAACUGCAACUUUGAUGGUAGCGGAAGGGGCUCAUGCCAAACCGGUGACUGCGGUGGGGUGUUGCAGUGCACCGGGUGGGGCAAACCGCCUAACACCCUGGCCGAGUUCGCCCUAAACCAAUUCAACAACCUCGACUUCUUCGACAUCUCCAACAUCGACGGUUUCAACAUCCCCAUAAGCUUUGCCCCCACUAGCCCUGGCGCCGACAAAUGCCAUUCAAUCUCAUGCACGGCGGACAUCAUCGGCCAAUGCCCCGCCGCUCUCAAGGUCCCCGGAGGAUGUAACAACCCUUGCACCACCUUUGGAGGACAACAAUAUUGUUGCACCAAUGGACCAUGUGGUCCUACAGAUUAUUCAAGGUUUUUCAAGGGCUUGUGCCCUGAUGCUUAUAGUUAUCCUCAGGAUGAUGCCACUAGCACUUUUACUUGUCCUGGAGGAAGCACAGAUUAUAGGGUUGUCUUCUGCCCAUGAUCAAGUUAAUCAAGUAUGGAUUUGUGGAAGUAUUAAUGCCUGAUAAUGUUAAGAAUAAAGGCUUUAAAUAAAUCUUUCUAAUUAGGUUUGCAUUUAUAUAUAUUGUAAUGUAAUGGGACUUCCACUUUUUUAUUAUAUAUUCCUUAAUGGAUGUGAUGAAAUUUAGUUCUUAUA